AUGUACGACCCCAAGCAGAGCUGGAGCCUGUCCUUCGGGGGCUGCGGCUUCCUGGGCUUUUACCACCUCGGGGCGACCCAGUGCCUGACCGACCGCGCCCCGCACCUCCUCCGAAACGCGCGCAUGUUUUUCGGUGCUUCAGCCGGGUCGCUGCACUGCGUUUCUUUCCUCGCGGGUGUCCCGGUUGCCCAGGUCGUGCAGGUGUUCACAGACCUUGUCCGGAAGGUCCGAAGCCAGAGCCUCGGCCUCCUGCACCCGUCCUUCAACAUGCACGAGUACUUCAAGGAGGCCCUGCACCGGCACCUCCCGGCCAACGUCCAUCAGCUGGUCUCGGGCAGAGUCGGCCUCUCGCUCACCCGUGUGUCCGACUGGGAAAACGUCGUGGUGUCCGACUUUCAGUCCAAGGACGAAGUCGUGGAUGCUGUGCUGUGUUCCUGCUUCAUCCCCAUUGCCUGCGGCUUCAUCCCUCCCUCCUUCAGAGGCGUGCGAUAUGUAGAUGGAGGGUUCACUAACAGCAUCCCCUUCUUUGAUACCAAGACAACCAUCACGGUGUGUCCCUUCUACGGGGAGUUUGACAUCUGCCCCAAGGCCAAGUCCACGAACUUCUUCCACAUGGAGAUGUCAAGGCUCAAUGUACAUUUCUGCUUUCGGAACUGCCAGCUGGUUUGCCAAAUGCUGAUCCCUCCCGAUGUCAAGGUGCUGGGGGAGAUCUGCCUGCAAGGGUACUUGGACGCGGCCAGGUUCUUGGAAAAAAACGGCUUCUGUGAUAGGUCCCCGCCUCCGUGCCCGAGUUUGUCCUCAGAAGAACUGGAGGCCCUCAAGUUUCCCCGGGAAACCACAAGCCUGCAGACCCCCCGGGAGGGCGCCAGCAGGUGGACGAGGCUGGAGGGAGAGGAGCUGUGGGACCACCUGCCCUGGGACGAGAGUGUCCUGCAGACAGUGUCGCCCAAGCUCAUCACAGCACUGAGCGAGGCGGUUAAAACCCGAGGUGGCUACAUGAGUCGGGUCUGCAGCUCCCUGCCGGCGAAGCUCCUGACCUAUGUGAUGUUGCCCUGCACGCUGCCCGUGCAGUGUGCCGUGGCCACGGUCCACAGGCUGGUGAUGUGGAUUCCAGAUGUCCCGGAGGAUGUCCUGUGGCUGCAGUCCAUGGCCCGCCAGGCUUGUUCUCGGGUGACCACGCAUCUGUUCCCUGCCUGCAGAUAGCCGUCUGCCUGGGUCCAGCGGGCACCUUCAUCUGAUCUGGCUGCGGGCGCCGCUCUGGAAACACCGCUGAGUGACAAACAGGCAAUGAGGAGCCUAGCCCGCAGCACAGGGGCCCUGUCCUGCGUGGGGCCUCUGAGUCGGUCAGGUCUGCUGGAAGCUAAGCAAGACGUGUGCGCACGGCGGGCUGCAGAGCCCGGGGUGGUGGCGGGAGAGCCCCUGCCUGAGCCUGGUUUGCGGGGAGAGAGCCGAGAGGGGCCGAGGGCACUGGCACAGGCGGGGGUGUCGGGCAGUCCUGCUCGGACUCUGGGAAGCUGACCUGGGUGCUGGUGCCUGCAGCGCAGGGCGGGGUGCCAGGCAGCGCUUCCAGAAGCCAGGCCGGGCAUCGAGUUCAUGCAGACUCCCUUCGGACCCCCAACUGGCCACUUCCUGGGCUCGUGGUGGGACCCUGUGGCUCCCACUGUGACGCAGCCACUGACACUGCUGCUCCGGACUCUGCAGCUGGUCCGGAGCAAGGAGGGCCUGGUGGUGGUCGUGAGGGUUGGAGCUCCUCCUAGAAAUCGUGGGGCCCGGCUCUCUCACCUGUUUCCUGGGGGUGCUCCUCACUGUCUCACUGGGUUUCUGUGAGGCUCUGGGGACCCCCAGCCCAGUGCUGGAUGGGUGGUGGGUGCUUGGGAGAGGGGUCUCAGUGGUUACUGCCGUUGGCAGGCAUGGAAGGGUUUCAAGUAGGGAUGGUGGGAGCCGGUUUGCACUGGGAAUGACUGCAGUGACCUUGGGGGGAGGGAGCCUGAGCUUUUGAGUUAUUCGAGGGGGCAAGCCUAGGACCAGGGAGAGGCCAGGCCUUUCCCUCUUUUGUGCAGCUUUCUGCCAUUUAAUGCCCCAUGUCUGUGGCAGAAGGAAUCCGACCUCGGUGCUGAAUUUACAGUUGACUGAAAUGGGAGGCCUUUGACAAGCGAGGAAGCUGGUUUUGGUUGACAUGGUGGUCUGGGGUUAGGGCACCGCGUCCGUCAGCUCCGCUGGUUGGGAAAGGACCCUCGGCGUGGAGGGUCUGCCACUGUCUU